AUGCUUGGAGCAUUCAUAACUGACGCGCACCACCGACUUCGUAAAUUCACAGAACAGAAAGAACAACACAGGCAAUCUUGCAUUGACCGACUUCCUCCCCAGGUAUUUGAAACCCUACAGGAAACCAUCACACAUGUCUCGGAACUAGAGCGUCUUAAAAAGAAGAAUGUUUUGGACAAAAAAUGGAUGGCCAUUUCUAGAAAAGGUUCCAAUGACUCUUCAUCCUCAAAGAAAGUUAUAAACUUGUCAUCACGAGUACUGACGACAGCCGAAGAGAACGUGCUGAGCAAAGGAAUGAAGUACAAUCCAUCUGACUCCAACUACUUGAAAUUCCUUGCCAGCUUCGAAUCCAUUAUAACUUCGGCAGGUCUUACAGAGGAAGAACAAUUUACAAUUCGCAACAGUACGGUACAGGCCUUGAAGAACAGAAACAAGUUCUCAACUUUGUCUGGCGAUGAAAAGAAAGCACUAAAUUCACUUAAAACUGAUGAAAACAUCAUCAUUCUGCCCGCUGACAAAGGAGGCUCCACCACCAUAAUGAACAAGACGGAUUACACAGAGAAGAUGAUGACACUAUUAAAAGAUGAAUCCACCUACGAACCCCUAGAUGUGGACCCCACAAAAUCGCAGAAUCCAUGCAUCGAGAAAACACUAAAGCGCCUUACAGGAAAGAAAUUAAUCUCAGGAGUUCUGGCUAAAUCCUUAAAACAAGACGAACCCACAAUUGCCAAAAUAUAUGGACUUCCUAAAGUUCACAAAGUAGGUAUUCCACUGCGACCAAUAGUCUCCUUAAUCGGUGCACCAAACUACAAGAUUUCUAAGUGGUUAUUUCACCAACUGCAUCCACUUACAAAGGACUCUGAGAACUCCAUUGAAGAUUCAAAUGAGUUCCUAGACAAUUUAAAAGGAGUGAGUGUUGCUACCGACGAGAUAAUGGUUUCAUUUGAUGUAGUUUCCCUCUUCACCUCGAUUCCAUUAGAUUUAGCGAGACACUGCACCGAAGAACUCCUUCAGACUUACACCACUGAUGUGCCUGCCGACGCUCUACUCCAACUACUUGAUGUUUGUCUAGAAACCAACUUUUCUUUCGCCAAACAAUGUUAUCGGCAACUGAAAGGUGCUCCUAUGGGUUCGCCUAUAUCUGGCUUUCUAGCAGAAGCCAUACUGCAAAAACUGGAGUCUAUAGCCCUUCCAAAAAUUAAUCCAAAACUAUGGCUACGCUAUGUUGAUGAAACAUUUGUCAUUGCCAAGAGAAACCAAUUAGACCAACUUCACACGAAUCUUAACUCCACAUUUCCAGGAAUUCAGUUCACAUUUGAAACAGAGGUUGACGGACAGCUUCCAUUUCUAGAUGCCCUCGUAUGCCGAAAAACUUAUGGAUCCCUUCAGACUUCAGUUUAUCGCAAAGAAGCAUACUCCGAGGUCAUCCUACACUUUGAGAGUAACCACCCCAUCUCUCACAAGAGGAGUACUGUAUACAGCCUACUAAACCGAGCUAAAACACACUGCUCUGAUGAAGAAAGUUAUCAAGCAGAAGUGAAAUACCUUUUCAAAUUAUUUUCCCACAACGGCUACCCGCGCCACUUUGUGCAUCAUUGCAUGAAACAUGAGUUUAAACAGAAAGGUAUUUCGAAAACAGCGGCCGCCCAAGCACCAAAAAAUUUCACCUGGCGGACCCUCCCAUACAUCAAAAAUGUAUCUGAACUCGUCGAAAGACAACUGAAAAAGCAUCAGAUACACGUAGCACACCAACCUACAACCACCUUGCGUACACAGCUUGUACACCCUAAGGACAGGGUUGGCUAUCUUGAUAGGAAAGGUGUUGUCUACAAGAUACCAUGUUCCAGUUGUGAUGCCGUGUAUUGUGGCCAAACUGGGAAAUCCGCCUCUACCCGCAUACAUGAGCAUCAGUUAGCGGUGAGGAGACGAGAUCAUUUAUCCCAGGUGGCUAUGCACACACUGGACACUGGACACAAAUUUGCAUGGGAGAACACCCACAUUGUUGGCGCCUGCCCAAUAAGGAAAGGCCGCGAAUUCCUGGAAGCAAUGCACUCAGAUGAGGCAUGCAUCAAUCGGCAUAUCGAUCUAGAUGCCACAUACAAAUUUCUCAAGGACAAAUGGAAGCGAGCGCAGCCAAUGCCGAGGGAAUGACGAAAUCGUUGACGCGCAUUGGCGCAGGCUUCAGCCAACCAUAGAAUCACUUGUUUGACACGGUUAAAUAGUUAACUGUUUUUGUACAUUGCCCAAAAGUCUGACGACGAGCUGGGGAACCAGACUCGAAAAUUUACUCAUUAAAGUUUAUUUCCUUCCCAAAGAAUCUUACUUAUUUUCAAUGGUAGAGGUGUAACUAACAGGUCGCGAGUUCGAGCCUCGGGUGUUCCACACUUCGGGGUUGGGUAUGACUGGCUAAUAAGCCAGAAACGGCCAUUCAAGUCUCCCUUGUCCAUGUCGGUAAUGCCAUUCUGCCUAUAUCAUGCGCCGCUGUGCGGCUGCUGGUUGGGCGCGAGAGAGAGAGAGCCCAUAAGGCACAACGGAACGAAUGAGUUCCGUAAAAACGAUCGCUGAGAGCCCCCUACCAUUUUUGGUAUAUUCGUCAUCACCAGCCGGCGGUAUACCGGCCACACGUGUUGGCCCGCCAGAGGUUACAACUUUAAUAUGCAAUAGACCCAACAGCCUUUAUCUUAAACCCGCAUCUGCAUCAAAUCUUAGAAGCAAUUCGCAAAUGUUUCCGGUAAGAUAGCUCGGUAAACUGUUUCCAACCACAGCUGGAAAGUUUAAUGUUUCAAGUCCUCCCUUUGCAAAAGAGGCAAUAAGAAGAGUUUCCGGCUAGAUCACAGUUGGUAGCCAGGAAUGGGAAAGCGGACGGCGACCUCAACCCUUAUCCUAACCCUAUCCCUAACCUCAACCUUAGACGUUAACCGUUAACCCUAACGGCAACCCUAACCCUAACUGUAACCGAAAUCGUUAACGUAACCGUAGCCCUUGGGCAUAGCCGUAAAUGAAAUAUCUAGCCGUAAUACUGAAACCUAAUCGUACGCUCAAACCCUAACCGUAACCCGAAAACCUAAGCCUAAAGGCAUAACCCUAACCCGAAAAUCGGGAACAAUUAACCGGUGCCGUAAUCCUAACCUCAAGCGUAAAACGGAAGCCAAAUGGGUCAGAUGUGAUUAUGGAACCCCACAAAAUAGCCACAAUAAGCAAACCCCCCAGGCACAUGUAAUACGGGGCCUGGCUACCAACUGCGAUCUAGCCGAGUUUCCUAGCGCAUAUCCUGACUACAUACAGAAAGUGAUCAGUCGUUUUGAAACGGCAAAUUACUGGAAAAAAUAUUGGUAAGUUGUGAGAUAUAAUUUAGAUGGUCAACUCGGAAGUCCUUUCAAGUCAGUUCUUUUAGACUAUGAAGGAAACGUUUUUCACUUACUUCCAAACUAGACUUGCAUAGGUUUAAACAAGUUAAACUCGCAAAAUGCUCCUUUUAGCACAAAAAGAGCUGAAGCCAGCGCCACCGCCCCUCGAAGCUCAGUUUGCACCAUGAACGGCGGAGAGCAUAUUCGAAUGAGAGCCUCGUUCAACCUUCUGAUUAACCUGUUUCUAGGCUCUCAUCAAGUAUGCUGGCCUUCAAUCCAGAAGUGGUAUGCAGGAGACUGACUCUGAGCAACAGCUUGCCAUCGUGACACCGACUUCUGUGUCAGAUAGUGGGACCCGGUGA